AUGAGUGAUGUUGAUGCAGUGUCCUCCCUGCCAGCUGCCCUGCAUGCCGGACAAAAUGCUACUGCUGUCACGGUGAACCCCCGGUCUGCUUCUGGUUCGCUGCCUUCCAAGAGGGUCUCUCCGUCGCCCCAUCGCAGAGGAGAGGAUACUCGCGUCAAGGAGGUUGAUUCUGCUUCAGGAGAUGGGGAUGGCCCGCCGAGCCCCAAGGCUGACUCGGAAGCAGAAACUAUCAUCCAGUCGGGCCGCGAGUCUCUGUCGCCAGAAAAGAGACGGAAGUAUAUUCAACAUGAGCCAAGGCGACACGAUGCUCAAGUUGACAACGGUGACGCAGUGGAGGACAGUUCACUACCUGAUGACUCACGCAUUAGGAAGAGAAAGCGAUCGAUCGAUGGCUCCAUCGCGGAACGCGACCGUGGGUUCUCCCCGGAACUUCAUUCUCGGACAGCCGUUUCCCCAUCACGCGUGAAACUCGAGAAGCCAGAGGAACUACAGCCUCCCCUAAAUACCCUUUACUCCUCUCUGUCUUCACAUAGCACGGAGACUGUCCCUGGUGGCCAGAACGUCCAGGUCUCACGGAAGCGUAGCCAUAGCGAAAGCGUCGACAGUGAGAGGGACAGGGCUCAAUCUAGUCGUCACUCGACGGCUUCCCGCGACAAAGAGCGAAGGGCCAUCAACGGCAUCAGUCUACCUCCACCAGAGUCAAUCGAUCGCUCUGUCUCGCCUAUUCGGUCGGCUCACAAGCGAACUGCUUCCGGUCCGCAGCUUGGGGGCAGUGACUUGCAAAAGAAAAGGAAGACUACUACUCCCCUCAUCACUGGAUUUCAACGGCAAAGCUCCGAGGACAGGCUGUCAGUUUCGUCUUCAACCAGUGGCUCUCCUCUACCCAGCUCUCAACUGCGAAAACUAGCCGGUGUCGAUGGCGCUUCAGCAUCUCCUGCUAGGCCAAUAGGUCACAAGAAACAGCGCGACCAGAAUGGUCGAACCCGCCUAGCGCGUGCCUGUGCAGCUCAGGAACUGGAGGCAGCAAUGGCGAGGCAUGCAGAGCGCCCAGAAGAUCUGAAUGUGGCCGACAAUGCGGGAAAUACGCCCCUCCAAAUUGCUGCCCUCGAAGGGUGUGCGCCAAUUGUGAAAUUCCUUCUAGAAGCUGGCUGUGACAUUGACACAAAAAAUAUUGACAAAGAUACUCCUUUGAUUGAUGCCGUCGAAAAUGGCCACUUGGAAGUCGUCAAACUCUUACUGGAGGCGGGCGCAAAUCCUCGCACGGUCAACGCGGAAGGUGAUGAGCCGUAUGAUUUGGUCCCGUCGGACUCGGAAGACUAUGCGGAAAUUCGCCGUGUACUUGCAGAGGCUAAAGCCAAUCCCCGGCCUGGUCGUCGUUCCGAAGAGCGUGCUGGUUCCGGAAAUAAGGAAAUAUGCUCUAAAAGAGUUGCUGCUGCAAGCCCGCGCGAGUCCCCCCCGGUGAAUGGUCCCCGUAGCCCGCCUCUAUUCGGGGCCACUACGAGGCGAAAGACCGUGCGAAGUGAAGCUACGCGAAACGACCUACUCUGGACCAAAGCUACACCGGAGAACCUGCAAGCAUUUGCUGCGAAAGGUGAUAUUGCGGGAGUCGCCAACAUUCUCAACGUUGGGCAAAAAGCCGACUCUGAGUCGAUGAUCGCUGCAGCCAAGGGCGGUCAUGAUGAGGUACUGUCUCUGUUGCUUGGGAUGGGCGACGCAGAUCCCGAUCCUGAGCCCCUUCAAGCAGGACACCAGAAACCUGGCUACAAUACGCCCAUGCUUGCGGCGAUCGGCCGCGGUAAUCUUGCUGUCAUACGCUUGCUGCUGGAUCAGCCAAAAUUCAAUCCCACACGCCGGCUUUACCGUGAUCGUACCUACUUUGAGUUAUCCCGAGAACGGAGAGCUGACAACUGGGAGGAGGAAUAUGACUUGCUGAGAGAGGCCUAUGACAAUUACAUUAGAGCCAAGCGUCUGCGCAAGCAGGAGGCUUCUUCACCUAAACGACCGCGCGACAGGGAGAAGGAAAACAAGCGGCCGGGUCGCAGACAUUCCCCAUCCCCUGCGGUUUCUUCCAGGAAGGCCCUAGCAAGUCCGAGCGCCGGCCACCACCGAGAGCUCUCUUCCAAAGAUGCCGUUGCAUCAAAGGAAAAGAAACGAGAUGGUGUAGCUCACUUAAAGGAGAGAUCAGGAUCCAGCACGAAUCGGCCCAGGAUAGCCCACAAGGGCAGUGACAAUCCGGCGGAAGCCGAUGAGUUUCGGUUGGAGUCUGCUCAGUCCAAAUCAUUAGCAACACUCGCCAAAGAUGAGGAAGCUCCCAGGAGAAGGCGUUUGAUUGCAGGGCGCCCUCCCCAUGAUCGCGAUCGCAGAAGACCCAGCAUACCAUCUUCCGAUUCCCUGUCCGGCCGUGAGGACUCUGUCAAAUCCCGGGUGGAUCCUUCUACCGAAGCUACGACGGUUCCGAGUGGCCCUCUAGCCUUGAAACGCGGACGCAGUAGCGCAAGCCCCGAACGCCCCCGUUCUCGUGGUCCAGAUUCCGACCAUCACUCGCGCGAAGGCCAGAAAAAGAAACGCCGUGUUCUAUCCGAAGACAGGACGCCAAGCAUGACCAAUGGUGGAUUGAAGAAAAGUCACAACAUCGGCAUAUCAGAGGAGUCUAAUACGCAUGUGCGCCCGAAGAAAACCGAGGAUCGAUUGUUGGAGCGCGAGCGUGAUCAGCAAGUUGGUAGUACACCGCACAUGACGACCGACUCGAGAACUGUGAAGAAAGAGCGAGAAAGGCAGGAUGUAGGCCACCUGGCUGACAUCCCCAUGGAAGAUGCGAAGAGUGUGGCUAAGAGGUCCGAGUCUGAAGAACGGCGCCGAGAAGAGGCAGAACGGCGCCGCGAAGAGGCGAAACGGGCCGAAAAGGAGCGUAUCGCGGAAGAAGAGCGUCUCGCAGCUGAAGCGGAAAAGGCUCGGUUGGCAAAGGAAGAGGAAGAACGAGCUGCUCGCCUUGCGCGGGAAAAGGCCGAGGAAGAAGAGCGCAAACGGAAAGAGGCCGAGCAAAGGCGGAUCAAGCAAGCCGAGGAUGAGCUUCAGAAGAGACUAGAACAAGAAAGACUGCGCCUUGCGAAAUUGCGGAGGGAGCAGGAAGAGCAGGAGCAGCGGCGCCGGGCUGCACUUCCAAGUCGGCUUCGAGUUGCUGCCCACCUCGUCGGCUCCAAUGACCCACGAGCGCGGAGUCAUGCCUGGCUGAAGAGGUUCAUGCCUGUUGUUACUGCAUUCACAAAGCAACUGGAUCCUUCAUGUGAUACCAGCGUCGCGGACGAGAGAUGGGUUCCAAACUACCUGGUGGCACCUUUAUUAGCGACCAACGAUCUCCAGCUGUCCCAGUACACAAGUUGGGAGAAGCGUAACGCUACUCCCACUCAGCGGGAGAAUCUGUGGCGCGUCACCCGUCGGAUGCUGGUUCAGGGAGAUGAUAAGGACUUCAUGAGCUCCUCAUUUGGGCAGAUUAUGCAGAAGGAUUGCGAAACACGGCCAAAAUACUUUGACAUGGAACAUGUAUUUUGGAUUAGACUUUCGGACUUCAUGGACCUCGUCCCGCAUGUUCCGCAUCUUCAUGGUCUUGACAUUCAAUUCCUCAGGAUGCACAUUGAUCAGGAGCCUUCUACAGCAGCACCUCUCCUUGAAUCAGCGCAGCCCAACGGGCACGGGCCGGAAUAUGCCCAUCUUGAUAAUAUUCAUGGCUUUCCUGCUGGGAUACCUGGGCUUACCAACGGAUAUGGCCAUUCACGGCCAAGUACAUACGUUUAG